CCCAUUUUGAUGCACAAUAUGACAAUGAGAUUCACUCCAAAAUACCUUUAAUUUCUGAACAACAGAUCUAUUUUUUUUCAAUUUUUUUUUGUAAUAAUCAUACAAACAAUACCUGUAUCUAAUGCAGUGAUAUUCAGACAUUUUAAGCAUUACUUACACCCACACAAACACAAAUGCACAAAACCUCAAAAACACAUAUUCCCGCACAACCUCUAUCUCUCUCUCUCUCUCAUUCAGUGGGUCUCUCACUGAGAGCUUUACUUUCCCCUCCCUCCUUUCUCACAUUGUAGUCUUUCUCUCUCUCCUUCUCUCUUCAGUUGGAGCUCCUGGAUUCACUGGUGAGGUCUUCAGCUCCGGCUCUUCUGUGAUAUUUGAUAGACACAUUCGGGACCUCGGCUGUAUCAGGAUGAGCUCCACAUUAACGUCCACCCAGAGCACUGAAAAAGAGUUUGAGGAGCAAUACAAGACAAACUGACACAGACACAGAGAGAGAGAAAGAGCGCAGGAUAGAAGAGAAGGGAUUUCUUUACCGAGAGGGAUUCCCCACCCAGGGAAACGGAGGUGUGCUGGCAAACUCUCGCAGUCAUGAACAGAAGCUGGAGAUGAAGAUGACAUCUGGAAGCAGCUGAAGCUGUCAGGCUUCAUGUCUCCAUCCUCCCCUGAGGGAGGACAAGAAGAUGAGUGUCACCAAUCAUCACUGCUUCAACAUCCUGACCAUCAUCUUCCUCGUUCUGACUACUACAGCUCUCUCUGCUCAUUUUCGGGUGUGUGAGUCUUACACCGACCACAAAGGGCGCUACCACUUUGGAUUCCACUGUCCUCGACUCUCAGACAACAAGACGUACAUGUUCUGCUGCCACCAUAACAACACGGCCUUCAAGUACUGCUGCAACGAUACUGAGUUUCAAACAGUCAUGCAGGUCAACCUGACCACGUCUCCAGACGGCUACGCUCACAACAAUUACUCUGCAUUAAUCGGCGUGUGGAUCUACGGAUUCUUCGUCAUGGUGCUGCUAGCACUUGAUUUUCUGUAUUACUCGGCCAUGAACUAUGAGGUGUGCCGAGUUUAUCUGGAGAAGUGCGGCUUGGGCGGCCGCUGGCUGAAACAGGCCCGGGGUCAGUGGCACGGCGAGGGACAGGAGGAAAGGGACGGACGGCCCGCUCAACCCACAGCUCCGUCACAACCUCAAGAGCAGCAUCAUGAACACAGCUGCGGUCAGAUCAGACACAGCCUGACGAGCCCAGGACAGACCGCACACAAUACUACAACAGACUGAGAUUGACCAAAUGUAAGGACCAACUGUUGGAGUCCCCAGGUGAGGGAGUGCAUUAUGGGAAACAAACUGUAGUACAUGCCCCUGCCAGAUGGACCUACACCACAGGGCCUGUUUGCCCCUGGCCUCUCGAUGUGGUCCAAAUCUCACAGGGUACGUCCCUCAACCCCUCGACAAACCCAGAAACUCAACUCAGAGCCAAAUGGAAAUGGUCCAAUGGUGGAACCAGAGAUUCUGAAGAGCGGCUGCACCGAGCCCUGUGGCACUCCGGAAGCACAUUUCUGACCAAAAUGGACUUUGAUGGACACAGAACUCACCCUGGACAUCUUUGGACGACCUAUGUAGCUGUUUCUGCACCAUUUUGCAAGUUCCUCUAGAUUAAACUCUCUGUAACUGUGCAGCGUCGGUUUAUUUAUUUGUAGUCAGGGAAAACGCUGAGUGAUGAAUUGAAUUGAAUCAUUUAAAACAUCUUUUAAAUCACUCUCAUGACUCAAUACUAGAAGUUAAAUGACCUUUUUUGCA